UGUUUCAAUAUCAAAAUGAAACUCUAGAAACGCAAUAAAAAACUUGAUCAUUUUUUCGUCUUUAGCAUUUACCUACUGCUUAAUAUGCAGCUGUCGUUCAACAUUGUGAACUGGGAAGCGCUUCAGACUCGGAACCUAAAGAAUUAGCCGUGAUCCUUACCGGGAAGAUUUAAUGGCGGUCCGUAUUUUCCCGUUGCCUUGGCAGCCAGAAACGUUGGCUGUAGUUGUGCUGUGUUCUUUCAGGUAAUGAUGGACAUUCAGGAGACAGGUCUGAUCAGUAGAGAGGAGAAUAUUGUUGAGAUGAGAGACUUGGAUGAGGAGGAAUUUGCUGUUUCAAAGUCCUCAGAGGCGGACACAUUGUUUGAUACUGUUAUUGGAAACAUUGAGGAUAUCAUAAUGGAUGAUGACUUCCAGAAUCUUCAGCGAUCCUUCAUGGAGAAGUACUACCUGGAGUUUGAUGACACAGAGGAGAAUAAACUUAUUUAUACGUCAAUUUUUAAUGAUUAUAUUGAGCUCUUGGAGAAAUAUCUGGAGCAACAACUGAUGGAGCGCAUUCCUGGGUUUAACAUGAACGACUUUAAUCACUCUCUUAAGCAACACAAAGAAGAAGUCUCAGGAGAUAUAUUUGACAUGCUGCUCACCUUUACAGACUUCAUGGCCUUUAAAGAGAUGUUCCUUGACUACAGAGCCGAGCGAGAAGGAAGAGGGCUGGACCUCAGCGCUGGCCUGGUGGUGAAGUCACUGAGAUCAUCCACUAACACAGCAAUCGCUUCUGCCACAGGAUCAGACUCUUUCUAAACCAUGAAGCACUUCAGGCUUGUGUGUGUAUAUAAUAUAAUGUAUGUAUAUAUAAAAAAAACCCUUGAUGUCAAUCCCUGACAUUGUCAUUUAAAUUUCCUCAGCUUGUACAGCUAGAUUUUUGGAGCCUAGUUUGCUGCCAUAUUAGCUUAGUGAAUGGGACCAUGAGUUUGCUUUGGUUUAAUAUUUAAACUUGAUGUUAAUAGGUCCUGCUUUUGUAGUGCUGUUCCACUCACAGUGUUUUGAAGGUUUACUCAGAGAUUCAGCUUUUCUCUUUGUACUGUCCGUGAUAUGUUGUGUAAGGAUCCUGCUACAUUACAGGUCAAUGUGGUGUCUGCUGCAGAAAGAGUAAAGUUGCUAUUGAGAGAGUGAGCGUGUGUGUGUGUGUGUGUGUUCUAACUUUUCUACAAAAUGUAAUUUCAUGGUUCUUUCGAUAUGUGGAUUUCUACUCCCGGUUAUAUCUACUUCAAGUUAUAGACAACGCCCACAUGUAGAUAUAUAUAUUUAAAAAACACUUUUUUUUUCUUUUUUUUUUGUUGUUGUUGUUUUUUUUUUUUUAAUUAUUAUUAUUUAUUUCAUGUUGAUAUCCUGUGUAU